AUGGCGAAAGACGAACAAGAGCAGCUCAAAGUGUUUAAACCUGUAAGUUUGGAGCACCACACCUAUUAUCAUCUCCCAAAUUUCCGAUGAGUAUUUCGCACGUUUCAGGGUGAGAUCAUUACAUCUGCAGCGACCAACAACCGCUUCGAAGUGGAGAAGUUGCUGGGCGAGGGCGGCUUCGGAGCGGUGUACCUGGUCAAACUUCAGGGCACCGAAAACUCGUAUGCGUUGAAGGUGGAGAAGAAACUGCCGGGGAGGGACCAUUCCAAGCUCAAAAUGGAGGCGAGUUUUCGUGAUUUUGGGAAAAUUCAAAGGGUUACGGGGCUCAACUUUUUUGCAAAUUUUGUCUUUAUAGUCCUUAUAGACUAUGAUUCUAAAAUUUCUAAAACUUUUAGGGAAAAAGUUCCUUAUUUUGGCCACAACAAAGGUACCCCGCGAACUGCGCCCAAGCUUGGGCACUAAAGUUAGGAAAAAACGCUUCGAUCUAGCUGGCACUGAAUUACUAUAAUAGCUCUAUAGUUUUAAGGGUACCAACGAAGGCUGUGACGACUCAUUUAGUUCCAUACGGAGGCAAUAAGUUUAGUUCCGGACAUGUUUCAUCGUAUAAUGUGUAAAAUCACAGGCUGCAGCCGUUUUUGAAGGGUAAGGUGGUACGUAAAAAAGAAGGUACCUCACUAACUAAAUCCACUGUCCGGGCAUUCACAACGAUGAAUUGAGCGUGCACGCUAAAUUUGGGCUAAUUCCGACCAGUUUCCGCAAAGUUAUAAGUUGUGGCCAAAAUAAGGAACUUUUACCACUUUUAGGUCAGGCUUUGCAGGUGAGACGUGAAAAAAUCUAUUUUUUUAGCCAAGAAACCCUAUUUUUUGAACGUUUGAUGACUUAAAAAAAUUUUUGUUUUUUGUUUGAUUUUCAUUCCACUAAAAAUCAUCAAAAACGAUUCUAGAUCCAUGUUCUCAAAUCGGUGGCCGAGCGCAACUUCGAGGAGAGUCAUUUUACAGAAAUGGUGGACCGUGGCAAAACCGACACCUUCUUUUUCAUGGUAAUGGAGCUGGUUGGGAAAUCUUUGGAGGAUUUAAUGGACACCAGACCAAAGGUUUGGCAGCACACCUAAUCUUAAGACCAAUUUCAGCCGGGGAAUUUCUCGAUCAGCACCGGUUUGCGGGCAGGGAGACAAAUGCUGACUGGCCUACACCAACUCCAUUCCUUGGGUUUUAUUCAUCGAGAUUUGAAGCCGGCCAACUUUGCCGUUGGAUUUGGAGCUAAACUGAGGAAGGUAGGUUGGGCUGGGAGCAACUUUUAAGACAAGGGUGAUUGCUAUAUUACACUAGAGAUCGAUUUUUAUUUUGGUCGAAAAAAUACUUUUCGUCGUAUAAAACGUCGUCUGUUUUUCAGAUUUACAUUCUGGAUUUUGGGAUCGCCCGUUCCGUGUUAACAGAGGCGAAAACGAUGAAACGGCCGCGUUGUAUGGUGGGCUUUAAGGGGACAGUUCGCUAUGCACCGAUUGCUUGUCACCAAAACCAAGAUCAGGACUUCAAAGAUGAUGUGGAAAGUUGGGUAAGCGAGCAAGAGAAAUUCUCAAGCUUUACAAACCUUUUUAAUAUAACAUUUUGAUAAUUUUCAAAAGCAAAAAUUUCGAUUUUCUGCAAAACGCGAUUUUCUGGAACUCCCGAAUUCUGCAAAACGCGGUUAUCUGAAACCCCCAAAUUUUCAGCUCUACUCUCUCCUCGGCCUUUUUGUAUAACAUUUUGACGAUUUUUAAAAGCAUAAAUUUCGGUUUUCUGCAAAACGCGAUUUUAUAAAACUCCCGAAUUCUGCAAAACGCGAUUUUCUCAAGUGCCCGAAUUUUCAGCUCUACUCUCUCCUCGAAAUCAUCCAUCCCCGUGGACUGCCAUGGCAAAAUUUAUGCGACAAAUUCACGGUUUUGAUGUACAAGGAGCUCUGUCGGACGGAGAAAAAGGAAAGGGACGAGCUGUUUCCCCCAAUCAAAUGCCGAAAUGUUUUGUGGAAAAUGUUGGAAAUUAUCGACAACAUGGAGUACAGGGUGCCGGUCGAAUAUGAUAUACUCUAUAAACUACUUCAAGACGUAAGUUUUUUUGAUUUAAAAAUUUGCAAACUCAACAUUUUUUUUUUUUUUUUUUUUUUUUUUUUUUUGAGAUUUUUCAACAAUGAACUCCUAAAAUUUCAGUGUUACCGAAUUCACGGUGUCAAAGAGAAGGAUAAAUACGAUUGGGAGCCAGCAAGUCCUCCACGCGCUUGA